AAUGGCGGACCAAUUUCCUCUCCACGAAAGCGUUUUUAAUGGAGACAUUCGGAAAGUUUCCCAGUUGCUGCGAACACAUGAUGUUAGCCAGAAGGAUUCACAUGGUAACACACCUUUACAUCUGGCUGUGAUGCUUGGUCACAAAGAAUGUGUGCAUCUGUUGCUGGCUCAUGGUGCUCCAGUGAAGGUGAAGAACUUACAAGGAUGGACACCUUUGGCCGAGGCUAUCAGCUAUGGGGACAGGCAAACAAUAAUGUCAUUACUUAAGAAGUUAAAGUCACAAUCAAGAGAUGCUUUAGAAGACAGAAGACCAGCCCUCAUACAGGCGCUCAAAGAUCUGGGAGAUUUCUACUUAGAAUUGCGAUGGGACUUCCAGAGCUGGGUUCCCAUUGUGUCCAGAAUGUUACCCUCAGAUAUUUGCAGAAUACAUAAAAAAGGUUCUUGUAUAAGACUUGACACUACUGUCCUGGAUUUCAAUGGUAUGCAUUGGGAACGAGGGGAUAUAACAUUUGUAUUUAAUGGUGACGCAAAACCUUCACAGUCUCUGACAGUUUUAGACAACAAACUUCAUGUAUUUCAGCGAAUACGAUAUGAGGAGUCCGAGGCGGAGUUGGAAGAUGAGGUUGACAUUCUUAUGUCCAGUGAUAUCAUGGCAGCUCAGAUGUCCACCAAAAAUAUUACCUUUUCUCGUGCUCAGAGUGGCUGGCUGUUCAGGGAGGAUAAAACUGAAAUGGUUGGAGAUUUCCAAGCUGACUUUUAUGCAGUAAAUGGGUUGAUAUUGGAAUCAAGAAAAAGAAGGGAACAUUUAUCUCCUGAAGAUCUUCAGAAAAACAAAGCUUUAAUGGAAAACUUAAGUAAAGGAGCGCUUGUCGACAACUGUGAUAUUGAGCGACGUCGUGCACUGACGCCACCCCCUCCCCCCAGGGUGUCCUGGAGAGAGUAUAUCAUUUCACGGCCGGGUCACUCACCCUGCCUGGGGAGGAUGCCUGUCUCAAAAGAAAACUCCAAAACCUUCAAAGCCACAGUAGCAAUGAGCACAGAAUUCCCAAUGACAGUAGAAGCGUUAUUGGAUGUCUUGGAGGUUAUAUCACCGUUUAAGCAAUUCCAGAAGCUGAGGGAGUUCAUGACCUCUAAGCUUCCUCCAGGCUUUCCUGUAAAAAUAGAAAUUCCAGUCUUCCCAACAGUAACAGCAAAGGUGACGUUUAAUGAGUUUGAGUGGAAGGACGAUCUGCCGGCGGCCAUGUUCCUCAUCCCGCGUAGCUUCCGGGAAGACCCCAACCGAUUCCCAGAUUUAUGACUAUUCCUCGAGAUUAACUUCGUCCAUAUUUUAACCAGCAUACGAGACUUCACCGACAUCGCCGAGAGAGAUAAAUACUGCGGAGGCAUGGAUCUGACGGAAAACUGGCUGGCCUCAGAUACAGUUGCCAUGGACAUUCCAUUGUCAAACUUGGGCAAUUCUAGUGCUGACAUGACUUUAAUAUUUUAACACAGGUAGAGUGGUGAGAACUAAGGGAGGUAAUAAUGUAAAUGAAUCAGGUCAAGGGGAGGUAAAUCUUAAAUCAGGUCAUUGCUUACAUGUACAAGAAGCCUGUCAACGCACUCAAACAAUGCUUGUCUAUCUUGCUGCAUUGGUGUCUUACAGUGCUUGUUUUUGUGAGAUGAUUAUGUAUGUGUUUUAUACUUCUUUGUGGUGUGAUAAUUGGUCUUUCAUAGUAGAUUGCAAGUUUUUUUCUCAUUCAUAAUUCAGUGCAGUGUAUAGAUAAGAACCACAUUGUCUGACUGAGAUAACUGUUUAGUGCCAUACCAUAUUUUUGCUUUUUUUGAUUUACAUUUAGGUUUGUUUGUUUUUUCAUAAUAAAUAUAUGUGAACACUGUUUCUGGAAAGCAGAUUGAGAUGUUUAAAAACCCUUGAAGCCAUUGAAAAUUUUGAGAAAUUAACCUUGAAAAAGUCGUUGAGAAUUUAACUUGAAAAAGUCUUUGAGAAAUUAACCUUGAAAAAGUCCUUGAGAAAUUAGCCCUGAGAAAGCCCUUGAGAAAGUCAGGCAUUUUGACAGCUCAGUUUAAUAUUGUUUUCUUACACUUCAACUUGAGUUUUGCUGUUGCAGUAUCCAUGGUAUGACAACUGUCAAAAUUUUAUUUUUUGGUCCGAUUGGAAAUCAGCUAGUUCAUAUAUCCCCAACAAAGAAAUGACAAACUGUUCUUUACUAAAUAGAAUAUAAGGCUUUGUCAAAGGUCCUAUCCCAGAAGAAGUGUAAGACCGAGGUAUAUAAAGUCUAACUUCUUUGCUCAGAGCUGCCAUAUAGGUCUUGAAAAGCCCUAGAAUAUGCAGUUAAUUAGACCCAAAGUCCUUGAAAAAGCCUCUUUAAUAUUCAGCUAAUUGGCCACAAAGUCCUGGAACUGUUCGUGAAAUUCAGGUAGGGAAAUAGCAUAAACUCAGGACCUUGGCGAAUCCAACUUGUUUACAAGUGAAUUCUUUGUUUACAGUUUGUUGAUGACAGUUGAAUGUUAUAAAAUUACAAUAUGACUCAAUCCACCCCACACUGAUUAUUGAUAAAAGCUUCCUUUUUUUUGGUAUUUAACUUGCAUACUUCAGCUAAGAUUUACAGCCCCAAAACAUUGGCUCGUGUUGAAUACCUGCAUGCCAUUGAUUGCGUGGAUCUAUUGCCUAUACAUCAAUCAAAAUCAAGUGCUUAAAAUUAGAUCAUGUGUACAUUCUCUUCUGGCAGCAGCCUGUGGGUGGUCGUGGGGUUCCCCAAAACUCUGUCCGGUUUCCUCCCAAAAUAAUGCUGGCAGCCAUAUUAAAAGUGAAAUAUUCACAAGUGCAACACAAACAACAAUCAGACAAAUAGGUAGAUCUGUUUUGGAUUGACAGACUUGCUACCUGUGGACGAAAUCUGUGUUUUUGUAGCAUUCCCUGCUAGAAAAACAAACAAAAUGAAUGACGGUGAUACUUACGACAUUUUAGUUAUUGCUUUGCUGAAUUUUAUCUGCUGAUAUUAAAUCACCUUCCCUUGCUGAGGAGACUUUUGUCCUGUUUAAUUCUCAUUUUCCAGAAAUAUUUUAACUAUUUGAGUCUGGAGUAUCAAAGUCACAAACUGGUGGUGUUGUUUUUAAUCAUGAAAAAAAAUAAAUAAAUAAAUACUGAAGUGGUUAGAUUUUAUUUUGUGGUUUUACUGUUUUUGAUAGAUUAGGUUUGUUUUAGCUAUACAGAGCUUGUGCUGAUGAAAAUAGUUGAAAAUAUCUUCGCACUGUAUACUAUUUAGUGUGUUAUCAUCACGCAUAAAGCUCAUUACAUUCACAGAAAUACUAAUGAAAGGUAAAUUGUGUUCACAUCACAUUGUUCACACAAACAUCACAUUGAAGUGUAAAUUUUUUUGUACAUUUCAUUUCUAGUGGUUUUUGUUUCUGCUUGCCUUUCGUUUAUUCAUAAAUGUCUAAAGAAUCGGCUUUCAUCUCUAUAUUGUACCCAGUGGUCAGAAAAAUCAACAUAGAUUUUUAUUGCUAAUAUUAAAUUUCUCUUGCUGCCAUUGUAUAAGUGAAUAAGUGAGUACGGUGUAGAGCAGCAAUCAGAUAAAUAAAU